AGCUGCCGCUGCCGCUCGAGACCGCAGCCGUCGCUGCGCGUGGGCGAGGCAGGGCGUGGCCAUGGGCGUGCCUUCUGCAGAGCCGGCGGCGCCGGCUCCGGACCGCGCCGGGGCCCCUCAGGCGGAGAGGCAGGACGGCGCGGAGCUGGCGGAGCUCCUGGAGCGCUUCAGGCUGACCAAGUUUGGCCCGGCACUGGAAGCGAUGGGCGUGGAGAGCCUGGAGGACUUCGCCUACCUGCAGGAGAGGCGGACCUGGAGAAGCUGGGCAUGCCGCUGAUCCCCCGGCGCAAACUGCUGGAGGCGUGCGGCGGCCAGUGGCGCACCGGCGCGCCCGCCGCGGCGCCUGCCGCGGAGGCCGCCGCGGCGGGGGCGGCUCCGGCGCCCGCCGCUCCAGUGCAGCCACAGGAGGUUGUGGAGCGUGCUGUGGUACAGGCUGCCAGCGGUGCCAGACGGCACCUCCGACGGUGCGGCCGAGAGACCGGCGGCGGGCGACGAUGUCGAGGGCGACGAGGAGGAGUUCGCCGACCACGACUCGGAGCUCGCGGAGAUGCUUGCGAACCUCGAGCUCUUUAUAGAGGAUUUCGUCUCGGCGAACGUCCUGGACGACGAGUCGUGGGCGGCCCUCACGGACAUCCCCCCCGUGGCGGCCCUGCGGGCCAUGGGCCUCAUUGGAAAGGGCAACGCCUUCGUGAUGAAGGGGGUGCGGAAGCCUGGCCCGGCAGUGCUGUCCCGGACACGCGCGGCCGUCUCGGAGGUGAACAGGAGCAGCGGGCUGCCCAGCAGCGUCCCAGGAGUGGCCGCGACUGCUGGAGAGCUUCUGCGAGGCCAACGGCCUCUGCGAGGACGCUUGCACCUCGGCGAGGUCUCUGGGGCGCAAGCAGGCGUUGCGCGUCAUGGGCUUCACCAGCGGCCUGUCCUUCGUGGUGCCCGCCGCGGGCGGCCAGCACCUGGCGGAGGCCGAGGUCGCCGCGCGGCUGCGCGCCGCGCGGGCCAGCGAGCCGAUGCCCGCGGUGUUGCCGCGGAAGGCCGGGCGGCGCGGCUCGGCCGGCCCGCGCUGCCCGCGCAGGCCCGCACGUCCAUGCCGCCCCUGCCGCCGAGGGACCGCCCGCGGACAGAGUCGGAGCAGGGAGGGCCGCCAGGCCGAUCGCUGGCAGGACCGCCGCCACGCGGGAGGGCGACGGCACGGAGGCGGCCCUCCGGGAUGGGCUCUGCGAGUCCGCGGAGACUGACGGCGUAUGGAGCCGCGCUCAGAGCGCGCAGCACUUUACGAGUGGUGUUGGCGGCCUCAUGCUCCCGAGGUGCAGGCUCCUCGAGGAGAGGACGGCGGAGCACAGGGACAGCGAGGAGAGCGCGAGGCGGGAGGCGCAGGCGGCGCUGGGCGCCUGCCUCCAGGCGGAGCGGGCCCUCCAGAGCGCCGAGGAGGAGCUGUCCAGGAGGGAGAGGGCCGCCGUCCUGCGCUGGAUGGAGCAGGAGAGCCGGAGGGGCCCCUGCAUGCUGGGCCGCUGCGCGGGGCGCCGGUGGCCGGCCGAGACGCAGGCGCUGCAUGCGCGCCUCCGCGGCCUGGCGGACGAGUCGCGGCGGCAGGAGGCGUGCGGGCAAGGAUGA